CCCCAAUCUAAUAAUAGAAAACGGAAAGGCCAGAAUGAUAUCAGACACUAAAGAUGAACGUUGUGUGGAUCUUCUGCGAAGAAGAAUGAAGAUUUUCUGAAACGUGAUUUUAUAGUCUCUGAUUGAUUCGUUGAAGAAUUUUGAAGAAUCAACAUGCCGGCAAAUGCUCCAAGAUUGAGGUUUGAGGAUCUUCUUGUAGGGGAUAAAUUAGGAGAUGGUGGGUUCGGAGUUGUGUACAAGGGAAGUUAUAGGAACAAAACCGUUGCCAUUAAAUUUCUUCACCCGAGGGAUAGGGACAUCUCACAAAGGGACAAGCGUGACUUUGAAAAAGAAGCAAGGAGGUUGUUUGAAGCACUUCAUCACCCUUUUAUCAUUGACAUAGAAGGAAUUGUUUUGGGUGAGAAAUACGCUCUUGUGCUAGAGUACAUGCACUUCGGCCAUGUACAGCACUUCGUGAAGGAUUAUGAAGUUGGUUUACCGCUCAAGAUGCGUAUUACCAAGCAGAUUAUAUCGGCAAUGGACUUUCUUCACAUGAAAGAAGUAAAGCAUCUUGACUUGAAGGCUGAAAAUGUGCUUAUGAACAGUAAUUUUGAUGCCAAAGUUUGUGAUUUUGGCCUGUCAAAACGUAAGACAGCAACUUGUACAGUGGAACUUCAUGGAGAGAGUCCUGUCCGACGGGCAACUAUUUCCCACAUUGCACCAGAAGUACUAAAAAACAUUAAUUUGGAAGCCUCCUAUGAACAAGAUGUAUAUGCCUUUGCGGUCACAGCUUGGGAGAUAUUUACUGGACAAAUACCAUUCGGUAACCAAAAUAAAAAUAUGAUUAAUGAAGCUGUGAUCGGUGGCCAAAGACCAGACAUAAUGCUAUUGGAUCGUGACUGUCCACAGCAAGUGAAAGCCAUGAUAGAAAAGUGCUGGACCCAGAGUUCAAAGGAUAGACCACUGUUCUACUAUUUGAAAAAAGAUUUUGACAUGCUGUACGUACCUUACCAUGCACGAGUAAAAAAAGUUUGCUAUGAAAUAAGAGCCCAGAUUUGUAGGAACUAUAAAGAAGAUCCAUCCCAUUAUAAAGAAGUAUAUGAGUGUACAAAGGAUUUUGAUACACAGCGAACGGAAGAGGAGACAUUUAAUCAGACCACUCCAUGGGAUUCACAGCCAGAUGCAAAUAAAUCAACAACAAGAGUUGAACAUCCAGAGGAAAACCUAAAUCCUGAAAGUGGGACAAGUAAUGAGGAAAAGUCAAUUCAGGAGGGUGAACCAACUGUUCAAACUCAGCUCUCGUCUUCCUCUGACAGUAGCCUGGCAACUCCUGAUGGGAACACUGAGAGAUCAUUAUGGAGCAAUGUUGCUGGUCCAGUGUCUCAACAGUCUGGUUUACAUUGUAUCUCGUAUGGUAGUCAAAAUGCCAGCACCAAUCUUGCGACUCCUAAUCUUUCAUGUUAUGGGGCUUCAAAUGAUCAAAUAUCAAACAGCAAUGUGACACCAGCUGUAACUCCACAGGUAAAUGAUGAAAUUGCAUUAGCUAAUUAUACCCAAAGAUUGUAUGUAAGAGAUCUGACAGAGGGUGAGACUGGACAGACUGACAUGAAUCAUCAUUCUCAAGAUGGUGGAAAUCCGAACAUAGACAUACUUGUGGACAGAAUAACUAACACACAGGAAGCCUCAAGAGCAUAUGUUGAGCCUCAAGCAAGAGUUGACAGACAAAUUCCAGAAGCAGGAAGAGGAGGGAACCAGGGAAAUCCAUUAGAAGCCACUUGGGUUGGAAAUAAUCCUAACAACCAGGAAGAGAAUGAUAUGACUAUGAUGAAGAUGAGUCAAAUGUCAGACAGGGUUUCAGUUCUUCCUCCGGAGCAAUUGGUGAACAGAUUUCAGUCAAGGCAAGGGACAGUGUUUGACCAGAACCCACAACCUACCAUUCAUCAACCCUUGAUUCUGCCUUCCAAUGUGAACUGCAGACAAGAGGCUCAAAAUCAUGAAUAUAAGACAGUGAUGCCAUCAAAAUAUGGACCAAGCACGCCAUAUGUAGAUGCUCAGACGGGAAGUCAUGCAGGUCAAGCACCAAGACAGGACCCUCAAGGCCAUGGAUCUCCAUUUAAUGCACAUGCAACUAUGAAUGAGCAGUCCACAAAUGCCAGAACAGCUCAAAACCUGCAGACCAGGGAGACAAACAUGGCUGUCAGCAGCUCAGCUAACCAGAAGUCUCCAUCAUUUCAACCUGAUAACACACCAGUGCAGAGAAACACAACAAAUGGAAUUGUGCAUCAAGCUAUUGGUUCUUCUAAAGGGCAGUUUCUACCAUCCUAUGCAAGACAACAGGAGAUAUUUGGUCAGCGGGUUCAAAACCAACAUGUUUCCCCUCCCACUUUUUUAAAUCAACCAGCACCUUUUAUGGUGAGUGGUGAUUACCCACAACAUGCAAGAGUAACUUUGAGUCAAACAAACAUGCAAAGACCAUUUUAUCCGCCACAACAGCAGGCAUCGAUCAAUCCCACAUAUCAGACUGCUCCAUCUCAGAGGCCAAUGUACCAACCAGGAAGCUCUCAAAAUCAAUGGCAACCAUUACACAUUCUGCCUGGUGAUUCAGGGACUGGAAAAUUAAUGUCAGACUUACCAGAACCACCAUCUAACUCCACACAGUUCAGACCAUUCAGUUCAACUGAAAACUCAGCAGAUCAGUUAAGAACUGAAACACGUCCUUCCCAGACUUCCCAACCAUAUGCAUCCCGGGGGGCGUCUCAAGAAAGACAGGCAACCAGAGGGACAUAUCAAGACUCGCGUACAUCUGGCAAACCCAUUACUAUCAAUCACAAACAUGAGGGCGGUGCAUUCACCCAGGUGUUUAUUAAUAGUGAGAUGGACUUGCCCCCAAACAUCCAGAUAGGCAAUAAGAACCGCAUGGUCGUGUAUGACAACAGGGAGGGCAAACAGCAUAGGAAGGAGAAGGUCGCUAAGAGGAAGAGCAAGUGCAGGCUCUCACAGCUGUCUGAGUCAAGACAGGGGCUAUCCCCAGCGCAGGUUGACCUAGUUUCUGCGGAGUCAGGCCAGGGGUGGAGGAAAGUGUGUCGACAGCUUGGAUUGGACGAUCCAGAACUGGAACAACUUGAGUAUGAUUAUCACCUCUCUGGACUGUAUGAGAUAAUGUACCAAGGAAUCCGUCGCUGGCAGCAGCGAUUGGGCCAGGAAGCAACUGUGGCUGCUAUGGCCAAGGCAUUAUGGGAAGCAGACCGAGAUGACUUGGCCCUCCAGUUGCCUGAAGUGCAGGAGUCGUAAAUGGCUAUGGAACUACUAGUAUGUGUUUUAAGCAAAGAUGACUUUAGCCAAUCUGACGGGGAUGACUCAGCUUUCAAGUUGCCUUAAGUGCAGAGUCAUAUUGGCUUUGUUACUAUGUGUUAUUGGAAGAAAUGACUUAAGCCAAUCUGACCGGGAUGAGUUGUCCCAUCAGUAGCUGACACAGCGUUCACUGGGAAAGUUGAAAAAGUGUUGAAAGAUAUGAAUUAUUGUAAUGUUUACUUGUAGAUUCACAGUUGAUGGGAUCAUACUACAAUUACAGGUGCAGAGUUGAAUGGCUCACACUUAAAUGGUCAGAGAUGUACAUUUUUGUUAAGCUAUGGUGCUCAUUUCAAAACAUUAAUAAUGUAAAUAUUUAAUUAUGGAUAUGCUCAAAUGGUUUUAUGAUAAAGAAUGUGCAUCAAUUUUAUAAAAUUAUGUCCAUGAUAUUGAUGUAUCUAAAAAUAUAUUCCCCUUUAACAUUUACAUGUAUUUUCAUUAAACUACAAUGCCAUGAACCAUGUGUUGCAUGUCGGCCUAAAAUUAUCAAUAGCGAUUAUGUACUUAAAGCAUGACUAAUGCUGAAGAAUAUCUAUUAUGCAUAAGAAAAUAUUUAUAUGUAAUGAUCAGUGUUUGCUCUGAAUGAAGAAAUUUGUAGCUGUAGUAAGAUAUUAGUUGUAGCACAUUUUUUAUCUGCCUUAUAAAUAUGUUGUUAUUUAUUUUGUUCUUUGUUUACUUACAAUAUGAAUAAUUUGAUGGAUGUUGCAACAUUGAACAUUUUAAAUGUAUGUUUCCAUUAUAAUUAUGUUUUAAAUAUGUUAUGAAAUGUCGUAUAUGAAUAUUAACCAUAUUUAUUAUAUGCUUUCCAGUGAUUUAUAAUGUUUUACCAGUGAAUUAAAAUAUUUGAUAAAAUAUUGAUAUUUUUCUGUUUUGAAAUUAUGCCUGCUCUUACUUCAAAAUUGAACAUUUUCACACAAGGCUGAGACAGAAUUCCAGCGACAUCAUUUAUGAAAUAAUGUUACAUUGGCAUGAAAUUUGGCGCAUUAUUAUAAGUUUUAAAAUUAACAAUAGUUUUAUAUCCUUUUUAGGCAUAAAAUACAAAGGAAAAAAUGUUUGUUUCAGGGUAAGAUCGCAAUAUAUUUCAUUGGGUAAACACAAAAAGUAAAUAUUUCACUAAUGGCUACCCCACUCGUGAAAUGUAGUAUUUGGUGCUCAAUGGUGGUUGGUGAAAUAAAUUAUCUUACACUGAAACAUUUAUUCUCCAUAUAAUGAUGUUUUAUAUAUUUCUCAUCACAGAAUGUCAUACUUUUCUUGGAUGCAGACAUUUUUUAUAAAAAAUCUUCAACAUAUUUACAAGACCUUUUGAUUGAUAAAGAUGGCUAUGAAUUCUGUUCUGAAUGUUUCAUGUUAGGUUUUUCACAUUGAUCCAGAUGCUUGCUAUUAGUAUAUUUCAUUGUUCUGUUUCAUUGUGUUUUUCUUUAAGGCCACACCAUUUUUUUUUUAUUGUUCAAUGGAUUUUUGUCUGGAAACAUUUUGAGGGGUGAGAAAAAAAAAGCCAAAAUGAAAAUAAAUUUUAUUAUUUAAUCAAAAUGGAGGAGAAAGCCAUAAAUUAGAAAUAGUUCAAAUUAAAUUACUCAAUAAUUAAAACUUAAUACUGCCCAGAAAUCCUAAUUUUUAGGACAUAUGAAGAACCCUCUCCAAUGGUUGCUUUACCAGAGUGGAUUUUUCUUUUCUUUUGUUUUCAGUGCAAAAACAUGAUGAUUAUGCAGAUGGGCAAUUUCUGUUUAAGCGCUUAAAGUGAAAAUCAGGAGCGGCCUCUUAAUUUUUAUUUUUUAAAAACCUUGUAUUUAAGAAAAAUCAUGUGCAAUAAAAUAACAUGACAAAAAAUAUAAAAUUGGUUUGGCCUUAAGGUUCUGUACAAUCAAUUUUUAUUUUGUUUUGAUAUUGUUGCAUAAAAUAAGAAAAGUUGUAUGUAUCUAUCAUUACAAAUGAUAUUUGGUUAUAAAUGUAGUGGACAUAGGUGAGCUUCUUGGUCUCACAGUCUGGGCUGUGUCCAAAAUCUGUUUUUAAAAAGGCAAAAGCGUGGAUUGAUCUACAUAAACAUGCACUCUUACUGGUACUCCCAAACAAGAUGUAUCUCAAUUAUCAUAAUUGUUUUUAUUUACCAAAAAGGAUGAAAAAAUACCAAAAACAAUGGUUCUUCUGAAGGAUACCAUGUUUAAUUUGAAAGAAAGAUGCAGAAAACAUAUGAGACAAUAGUUAAUUGCUGUAAAUCUUUUAGGACCCACCAGUCAUUUAAUGUUUGUUCGUUGUCAGCCAUUAAAUACACAGCUACAAUUUUGUUAUCAGUAAUUAAUAUUUUUCAUAAAUGCAUUAUUUAGUAAGUAGUUAAAGAUAUAUAUUCCUCAAAAUUUAUGUUUGUUAUACAUGUGUAUUGAUUUUUAAAAAUCAAGUGUCACUUUAACUCUAUUACUGCAAGGUAAAUUGUCAAGAUGUUAAUGAUUAUUGAAAUGAAUUAUGAAACGUUCAUCAGUGAAAUAAAAAAAAAAGGUU